AUUAUUUUUCGCCCAGGGGCUUCAAAAAUCCAAAAUUUAGAGCCGGCCCCUCUCUCUCUUCUCUUUUUAUCUCUCACUCUUCUCCUCUUUCAUCACGAAACCCUCGAUCUGAGAAAUUAACAACCGCCAUGGCGAGAGCUUCGAAGCCGCAGGUUUCGUCCGACGAAGCCCUAUCCAACGGCUCCAAUUCGUCCGACGAAGAGCCGAUCAACGACCAGGAGGAGGACGAGGUCGAUGAGGAGGAGCUCGAAGCCGUUGCUCGCCCCGCUGACUCCGACGACGACGAGGUCGCCGCCGACGAGAACUCCCCUGGCUCCGACGAUGACGUGCCGGUCGAUGAGAACGACGAUGAUGGUUUGGAUGAAGAAGAGGAUGAUGAAGCUAAUUUGAGUAAUGCUGAAAUUGGAAAACGUGAGAAGGCGAGGCUCAGAGACAUGCAAAAUAUGAAGAGACAAAAGGUUCAGGAAAUAUUGGAUGCACAAAAUGCAGCCAUUGAGGCUGACAUGAACAAUAAGGGGAAGGGACGGUUGAAGUAUCUUCUGCAGCAAACAGAGUUAUUUGCCCAUUUUGCUAAAGGUGACCCAUCUGCAUCUCAGAAGAAAGUGAAGGGAAAAGGUCGCCAUGCUUCCAAAAUAACUGAAGAGGAAGAGGAUGAAGAAUGCCUUAAGGAGGAAGAAGAUGGUUUGGCUGGGGCUGGAACCACACGGCUUUUGACACAACCUUCUUGUAUUCAGGGGAAGAUGAGGGAUUACCAACUGGCUGGAUUGAACUGGCUCAUUCGACUCUAUGAAAAUGGUAUAAAUGGAAUCCUUGCAGAUGAAAUGGGGCUUGGUAAAACAUUGCAAACCAUCUCCUUAUUGGGAUACCUGCAUGAGUUUAGAGGAAUAACUGGUCCUCAUAUGGUAGUUGCUCCAAAGUCGACUCUUGGAAACUGGAUGAAUGAGAUUCGGCGUUUCUGCCCCAUCUUGCGUGCUGUGAAGUUUCUUGGUAAUCCUGAUGAAAGAAAGCAUAUACGUGAGGACCUGCUGGUUGCCGGGAAUUUUGAUGUAUGUGUUACAAGUUUUGAAAUGGCCAUCAAAGAGAAGACCUGCUUACGCCGUUUUAGCUGGCGUUAUAUAAUAAUUGAUGAAGCUCAUCGUAUCAAGAAUGAGAAUUCACUGCUUUCAAAAACAAUGAGGCUGUAUAAUACUAACUUCCGCCUCCUAAUUACGGGUACACCACUUCAGAAUAAUCUUCACGAACUAUGGUCUCUGCUUAACUUUCUCCUGCCAGAGAUAUUUAGUUCUGCUGAAACUUUUGAUGAAUGGUUUCAAAUAUCUGGUGAGAACGACCAGCAAGAGGUUGUUCAACAGCUUCACAAGGUCCUCCGGCCAUUUCUUCUUAGAAGGUUGAAGUCAGAUGUUGAGAAAGGUUUGCCUCCGAAAAAAGAAACAAUACUCAAAGUAGGUAUGUCACAAAUGCAGAAACAGUACUACAGGGCUUUAUUACAGAAAGAUCUUGAAGUUGUUAAUGCUGGUGGAGAACGUAAGCGCCUUCUGAACAUAGCAAUGCAGCUUCGUAAGUGCUGUAAUCAUCCUUAUCUUUUUCAAGGUGCUGAGCCUGGGCCUCCUUAUACGACUGGAGACCAUCUCAUCACAAAUGCUGGUAAAAUGGUUCUUUUGGAUAAGUUGCUUCCAAAGUUAAAGGAGCGUGAUUCUAGGGUCCUAAUAUUUUCACAGAUGACUAGGCUGCUAGAUAUCCUUGAAGAUUAUUUAAUGUUACGGGGUUACCUGUAUUGUCGGAUUGAUGGCAAUACUGGCGGAGAAGAUCGUGAUGCUUCUAUUGAUGCCUUCAACAAGCCUGGAAGUGAGAAAUUUGUAUUUUUGCUAUCGACCAGAGCUGGAGGACUUGGUAUUAAUCUUGCCACUGCAGAUGUUGUCAUCCUUUAUGAUAGUGAUUGGAACCCUCAAGUUGAUUUGCAAGCACAAGAUCGUGCUCACAGGAUUGGUCAAAAGAAAGAAGUUCAAGUGUUCCGGUUCUGCACUGAGUAUACUAUUGAAGAAAAAGUUAUUGAGAGGGCUUAUAAAAAGCUUGCUCUUGAUGCUUUGGUGAUUCAACAAGGGCGCUUAGCAGAGCAAAAAACUGUUAAUAAAGAUGAGUUACUUCAAAUGGUGAGGUUUGGUGCUGAAAUGGUCUUCAGUUCCAAGGAUAGCACCAUUACAGAUGAGGACAUAGAUAGGAUUAUUGCUAAAGGAGAAGAGACAACUGCUGAGCUUGAUGCAAAGAUGAAAAAAUUUACUGAAGAUGCUAUCAAAUUUAAGAUGGAUGAUACUGCUGAAUUGUAUGACUUUGAUGAUGAAAAGGAUGACAAGCUUGAUUUCAAGAAAAUUGUUAGCGAUAACUGGAUUGAACCACCAAAAAGAGAGCGGAAGCGCAAUUACUCAGAGUCUGAAUACUUUAAGCAAACAAUGCGCCAAGGUGCUCCAGCAAAACCGAAAGAGCCUCGAAUUCCACGCAUGCCUCAAUUACAUGAUUUCCAAUUUUUCAACACACAAAGGUUGAAUGAGCUGUAUGAAAAGGAAGUACGGUUCCUCAUGCAAACUCAUCAGAAGAAUCAGUUGAAAGAUACAAUAGAGGUGGAGGAACCAGAAGAAGUUGGAGAUCCCUUGACUGCUGAGGAGGUGGAAGAAAAGGAAAGCCUGUUAGAAGAGGGUUUCUCUACUUGGAGUAGAAGAGAUUUUAAUACCUUCAUUAGGGGCUGUGAGAAGUAUGGCCGUAAUGAUAUAAAAAGCAUUGCUGCCGAGAUGGAAGGGAAAACAGAGGAGGAAGUUGAAAGAUACGCAAAGGUUUUUAAAGAAAGAUACAAGGAGUUAAAUGAUUAUGAUAGGAUCAUUAAGAACAUUGAAAGAGGUGAGGCUAGAAUUUCCCGCAAAGAUGAGAUCAUGAAAGCCAUUGGGAAGAAGUUGGAUCGUUACAAGAAUCCAUGGCUGGAAUUGAAAAUCCAGUAUGGUCAAAACAAGGGGAAGUUGUACAAUGAAGAAUGCGAUCGUUUCAUGAUAUGCAUGGUUCACAAACUUGGGUAUGGGAAUUGGGACGAAUUGAAGGCAGAAUUCCGCACAUCACCCUUGUUUCGUUUUGAUUGGUUUGUGAAGUCUCGCACAACUCAGGAACUCGCUAGGAGGUGUGAUACAUUAAUUAGAUUGGUUGAGAAAGAGAACCAAGAAUACGAUGAGAGGGAGAGACAGGCCCGCAAAGAGAAGAAGCUUGCUAAGAGCAUGACACCAUCAAAGCGGGCCUUGGGUAGACAGCCAACUGAGAGCCCAAAUUCUGGAAAGAAGAGGAAGCAAUUAACCAUGGAUGAUUAUGUCAGCUCGGGAAAGAGGAGGAAAUGAUCAAACAUUAAGAUCCUGGAUGUUCUUGGGUGCUGAGACAUCCAGAUAUUUCAGCAUCGAAAAGCAUGGAGCGUUAGAGUUUAGGCUUUUAGUUUCAUUUUCACCCGAUGUUUUUGGGAUCACGGUCAGGCUUCAACAUAACCUGUGGUCUUGGUAGCGCCCGUGAUCUUAUUGCGUAAGGGUUGGCUGAAUUAUAAAGAUGUAUAAACAAGUAGACUAGUUCUGAUUUACACAAUGUUUUGAACACCAUGGAUGUCAUUCAAUGAGAUGUAUCUUUGGUUAA